AUGGCGUCCGAAAAGGCAAACAACCCCAUGCGGGAGCUCAAGAUCCAGAAGCUGGUUCUGAACAUUUCCGUCGGUGAAUCUGGUGACAGACUCACGCGUGCCGCCAAGGUGCUCGAGCAGCUGUCGGGUCAGACGCCCGUCUACAGCAAGGCCCGCUACACCGUCCGUACCUUUGGCAUCCGUCGUAACGAAAAAAUUGCCGUCCACGUCACUGUCCGAGGCCCCAAGGCCGAGGAAAUCCUUGAGCGUGGCCUCAAGGUCAAGGAGUACGAACUGCGCAAGCGCAACUUCUCCGAGACUGGCAACUUCGGCUUCGGCAUCAGCGAGCACAUCGAUCUCGGCAUCAAGUACGACCCCUCGAUCGGUAUCUACGGCAUGGACUUUUACUGCUGCAUGACCCGCCCCGGCGAGCGUGUCACCCGCCGAAGACGCAUGAAGAGCAAGAUUGGUGCCAGCCACCGCAUCAAGCGCGAGGAGACAACCAAGUGGUUCAAGCAGCGCUUCGACGGCAUUGUCCGAUAA